AUGCACAGCUCUGAUUCAAACAUGCGCAAAACACUUCUCCUGGUCUUUAUUCACGGCUUCAAGGGAGGCGAGGAUACGUUUGCGAGCUUCCCUGAGACACUACGCACUGUAGUGAGCAAGGCGCUCCCGGCAGUCCACGUUACAACGGCCGUGUAUCCCAAGUAUGAUACCAAAGGGGACCUGAAGGAAUGCGUUGGAAGGUUCCGUGAAUGGCUACAAAACACGAUCAUUGACCUCGAGGUUGCUAAUCAGACUGCCUCACCCACUGUCGACCCCUCUGUCCAUGUCUUCUUGGUGGGGCACUCCAUGGGAGGCAUUGUUGCUGCAGAGACCCUUCUGUUACUCGCAAGCGAACAACCGAUUCCCGCUAAUCCGACAUCAACUCCCCAAUCGGGACCUCAGGCUGAGGAUGUCCCAAGUGUCGUGGAACCGGGCACGUUCAUGUUUCCUCACGUUCAAGGUAUACUCGCCUUUGACACUCCAUUCCUGGGUAUCGCACCAGGGGUAGUCUCGUAUGGGGCCGAGGGACACUAUCGUAAUGCUACCACGGCCUACAACACCUUCACGGAGGUCGCGGGAAUCUUCGGCUAUGGAAAAAGCUCACCAGAUCAGGCUGCUGCUGCCACUGCGAAAGAGCCUCCAAAGGCUCUACCUCCCACUGCCGAUGCAGCAGCAACGCCGUCCUGGCAACGCUGGGGUCGAUACGCCAUGUUCGCGGGAGCUGCCGGAGCAGUCGCUGCCGGGGGUGCCGCAGCCCUAUAUUCCCAGCGACAGAAUCUUACCGCGGGCUUCACCUGGGUCUCAUCUCAUCUUGAAUUUGUGGGGUGCCUCGCACGAACGUCCGAGUUGAAGCAGCGUCUGGAAGGAUUGGCCAAGGUUCAGGAAGAUCGAGGGAUUGAAUGCGUUAACUUCUACACCUGCCUCGGACAGGGCGCAGGCAAUCUCGUAGCGGAAACUGCAACUGGCAAAACAUCCUUCAGUCAGAAAAUCAUUCGGUCAAAGAAUAGGACAUUCUGCAUGCUUCCGUCCGAAGUGGAAGAUGCGGAGAAGGUGCCUUCCUCAUCCCGACCCGGGCUUCAGUGGAGAAAGGCUGUCAACAACCAGGCACCGGACGAGGUGCAGGCACACGUCAGCAUGUUCCUGCCCAAAGAUAACCCGGCAUUCCUCGACCUUGUGGGCGAAACUUGCAAGGCCCUAGUGAUCUCGAUCGAUAAGGGCUGGUACAACAGUUCAACCGGACCAAUGGAAGCGAAUGCACCGCUUCAACCACCGACAACUGAGGACGACUUCAUGGACGCGGACGAUGUCGUGGUCGUGGAAUGA